AUGGGUAGAGAUAUAGUCGCAUUAGAUGACUUAACAGUCAACAACCUCGGAGUAUUCAAAAAAAUCAAUGAAGUAUGUCUUCCAACAAAAUAUCCUGAUUCAUGGUAUAAAGAUUCUUUAAAUGGUGAUCAAAUUGUUAAAUUAGCAUUUUAUUCAGAAUUACCAGUUGGUGCAAUCAAAGCAAAGACAUAUAAUAAAUUACAUAAGAUUAAUACCUUUGAAAAUUUAUUAAGUGCAAAUUUACCUUCAAAAGUAAUUCCAAAUGCAGUUUAUCUUGAAAGUUUUGCCAUUUUAGAGAAAUAUCGUGGAUUAGGGAUUGGUAGUAAAUUAUUAGAAUAUUUGAUUGAAGAGACAAAACUGAAAUUUAUUCAUGAGAUUGUGAUACAUGUUCAUGUGGAUAAUGAACUGGCUUUGAAUUUUUAUUUAAAGAAAGGAUUUGUUAAGAUGCUGGAGGAACCUGUAGUUGAUUAUUAUAAAGAACAAGGUUUAGAACAUCCAGAUGCUUAUGUUUUAACAUUAACUGUAUAA